UGCAGCUCACCUUUUGGCUCUCUGUGCCGAAGCUUUCACAUCCUCUAUUGCUUCUUUGAGAGCACCAGCAUCUGUGGAUCUUGGUCAUCUGGCAGGAAUGAUGCCUCAGCCUUGAGGCACUGCUGGUCUCCCAUGCAUCUUGUUGCCCCUCCUUUGGCCCCUGCAACUUGUGGAAGAGGAAGGAAACAGGAUUAGAAGCUGCUGGUGGGGCAGAGAGUGGUGGUGCUGUUCCUUAACCUCCAGGAGGACGCCUGAGUGUGGCCUUGCCACAGCGACAGCUUCCACUUGUUCCUAGAUAAGACGGGCAAGAGCAUCAGCUGCAGCCCCAGUACAGAAACAUCCUCCAGUAAGCCCUGACGACAAACAGCACCUUCCCUUCACACCACUCACAGCCACCACCAGCAAGUUGCCUUAUCACCUCUGGGGACGAGCAGGAAAACACCAGGUCCCCACUGCAUAUGGAAUGGGCUGGGGAUGGUCCUGUGUGGGGAAAGUUGAGUAUCUUCACAGGAGGAGAAAAGCCUAUUUCAAUGAUGUCAACAGAAUGUGUUCAGCCACUUGAUAUUCCAGAUGACAGACUGGACAAGCAAGAUUCACAGUGUAACCAUUUAGAAGAUCUUUCAGAGCAGCUGAUUAAGAGCUGUGACCUCAAAAAUAAAUCAAGAAAAGGUAAAACUCUCACAGCCUCACAGAAAACUGAACAGGAGCAAAAGAAGCCAAAGAGGAAAGAUACACCGGCUUUGCACACUCCACCACCUCUAACAGGCAUAGUUUCAGGCUCGUCUGAAAAUCUGCUGAAAAGGUAUGGUAUCACAGAGAAGUCACAGAGAGAGAGAGUGACUCCAGUCUCUCAUAUCACUGAACUGGAGCAGAAAAAGCCCAGAAGAAAAGAUACACCUGCAAUACACAUCCCACCUUUGAUAAUAGGCACUAAGCUGUUUACAGAAGAACAAACAGUGAUUAUGGAAGAUGAAGAAAAGGAUGGAGACACAAUCCACAGUUAGAUUACAGUGAUAUUUCAAUAAUACAGUGUAAAUAAUCAUGGGUCAUUCAAAGUGGCAGCACAUUAAAAAAGAUCUUUCACUUAUAUAAAUCAUUUUCUCAGUUGUACACUUGAAUUUAAAUGACCAUCAAGUGCUUAUCUGCUUAUUUGCAUCUCAUAAUUCCGAGCAAGCAUCAUUGGACAUGAAUGGCAGAAAUUUCAGUUACCCAGGGUUUGAAAAAUUCUGUCAGGUUACUACAAAUGGCUUCCUAGCAUUUUUGUCAAUGAGGAAUCCACCUCAGAUUAAAUCUAGUUUUAUGCAAGUACUCAUACAGUACUUGGCACUAGAAGUAGUAAUGCAGAAUAGUAAAAUAUCAGCUAGUGAUUCAAAUUGCCUUUUUCCCCUGACACUUGACCUCAUUUGUCCAGCUUUCCUUUCCUGGAAUAGCACUGACCACAAUGAAAAUUCUUAUGUGCAGAGCUGAUGGGGUAGAUGGAGAAGGUGAGAGGGCCAGGAUUCAAUUCUAGAGUCACUGAAAUGUAUAGCAAAAAUUUCCUCUGCCUGUAUCUGCUCAUGACUUGUGUCUGUAAGGAGGAAAAGAUAAAUUUACUGUAGAAUCAAAAUUACACCUAAGGGCUCUCAGCAUUGACAGAUGCCUCAAAUAGAAUGGAGGGCAGAGAUCUCAGAGAAGUGCAGUGCCUGUCUGUUACACCAGUGUAGGCAAUUGUCUCCACUGGCUUGGUGAAAGAUAAAAUAGUUGGAUAGAUGAUCCUUUUGCUCCAAAUAAUUUAUUUUCACAUCUGCUUUUUAAAUUGAAUUAAUUUUUUAAAAUUGAAUCCCAGGUAAUAGCUGGAGAGGUUGUAAAGACUCAAAAUCACAGCAGGAAGGUAAAAACUGAGUAAAAGGAAUAAUGUUACUCAAUGGCAUAUGCUUACUGCAAGGUAGAAGAGCAUCAUGUCACUUUUAAAAUCAUUUACCUCAAUGAUUCAAACAAGAAUUGUUUUCACAGCUAGCUACAGCCUUCAGUAUUUGUAGAGAGAUGGGUAUUGGUAGAAUAUUUUACUCAAAAAAAAGACAGAACUGGACACUUAAUAACCUUAAUAACUCUAGGAUAGAUUGAGUAGCACUGCCAGCUGCACCCUUACGGAACUAAGCAGAGAGGUUGAAGAUUAUCUAGCUUGGCAGACUGAAUUUAGUCACAUUUUUAAGUCACUUAUACAGACAGCUGAAGACCAUACUAGUUUGGACUCCAUUUGCCACUGUGACUGACCCAACAUAUUUCAUGAAAAUGUAGCCCAUUCACAAAUACUUGUGAAUGUAUACUCUCAAGAUGUAAUCAAUGAGCUUAAAAUAAAUAAUUGCAUAUUAAAUUGCACAAGAGGUCCACUAUAUGAUUAAUGGCAUACCUCUUACUUAGAAAGUGUACUUGUUUUUGUCCUAUUAAUCUGUCAGUGAGAUAAUACUUAAAAUAUAAACAAUCAACAGUUCAAGUAACAACAUUAAUAUAAGAUCCACAGUAAAGUAUGUCAGAACAAGUACAUGACAAGAAAUGUAUGACUCAGGUCUACCUUUAUCAAUGAAGUCAGUGAAUAUUUUCAGUGCAUGUGUAGUGAGUUGACCUUAGCUAGAUGCCAGGUGCCCAUCAGGCUGCUCUAUCACUCCCCUUUACAGCAGGACAGUGGAGAGAAAAUAAGAUGCAAAACAACUAGUAGGUUGAGAUAAGGCAGUUUACAAAAGCAAAGAACAACAACAAAAAAAAGGCACAAAGUUUAUGCAUGCAUAAGCAAAAGGGAAAACAAUAUCUACUUCCCAUCAGCAAGCACUAUUCAGCCACUUCCCAGGAAGCAGGAUUUCAGCACACAUUUCUGGAAUGGUUGCUCCAGAAGGCAAAAAUGGUUACAUAACAAAUGUUCCCCAUUCCUCCUCUCUCCCAUGGCUUUUGUAUUGGAGCUGAUGUCAUAUGGUAUGGAAUAUCCCUUUGGUUUAUUUGGGUCAUCUAUUUCGGCCUAGUUGUGUCACCUGUCAGGAUCUUGUCCACUCCCAGUGAAGCGAUACGUGGAAUAAAUACAUAGACUCCACAACCUGGGGUAGUUAUGAAGUGGAUAUGUAUUGUCAGCACUUGACACAAGUGAGAUAGCUCUCCAAGACUUGUGCACUGAGCCUCAGUCUGACCCAUACCUUUAUUCCCAAAGGUGUUCCAUAUGCAGUACAUUACACAACUUUGCCAUGCAUAUUCAACCCUGCUCCUGCCUGUCCUCGCCUCUCAUGCUAAAUAGGUCCACGCUCUUCUGGGCACACGUGGUUUGCCGUGGUGGUCCUGCAGGGGUCUCUGGUGGUCUCUUGAGGCUGAAGAUUGUGGUCUUCCUCAUGGUUGAACUUUUCUCCUUUGUGCAUGCGCUUUUGGUUCUUUGGUGCUUAUCCGAGUACGGUCUGUCAGUCUCGGUAGGCUUAGGGACAGAGGAGCCUCUUUAUCUGGGUUCUUUGCAUCUUCAGGCCUUUCUGGUAUUGUUAUUUAUGCAAGAAGCUUCAGAAAUCUGCAUUUUCUUAUUUUGCCCUUUUGUACCAUGGCAGAGGUUUCUUAAGUAAAAGGUUAAAAUUUAACAUAUAACACUACAAGUUAGAAUGUAAAUGCUUAAUUCAUUUUGUUAACUUAAGUGAACUCGAAAAACCUCUGUUUCACCAGUCCCUUGAUAGGAAGCAUGGGAGAGAACAAUGAUGCUCUGCAGUAGCAAAACCACUGGUGUGUUAUCAGUACCUUUCUGGCUAGCAAUGCAAAGCACAGCACUUUGAGGGCUGCUAAGGGAAAAUGAACUCUAUCUCAGCCAGACCCAACACAGUACAAUACAGCAAGAGUGAAGUGUGGUGUCCUGAAAAGACUCAAAUUAACAUCAGCAAUGGAUUAGCCAUGAAAUCAACAUGUUUAGACAUGAAGGGGCUUCAUAACACAAACCAGGAGCACAGAUAGAAUGUGACUGACUUUACUGCUCUGAAAAGCAGAUUUGUUUCCAAGCCUGGGAAAUGCUGACACAGUUUAAUGGGAAAUAAAAGAAUAAUUAUAAAAAAGAGCCUCCUUUAAGCCUAGCACUGUAUAUUGCUUGGCAAAGAGGAGUUACAGUCUGAGUGAAAUCUCUAAUGGCACAUCAGCCUAAUUUACCAUCCCUGUAUUGAUGAAAUUGAAGCCAAGAUAGAAUAUGCUUUAAAAAUGACAUAUUCACAGCCUGACAAUUCAGUUGUUUUUUUUUUCCACCCAGUACCAAUAUGAGCAAUUAAAAGUAAUUUUCUACUUGAUCAAUUGAGUAAAUAGGAGGUUUCUUAGUGUUUGUAGCAAGGAGUUGUAAGGACCUGAUAGUAAAAAUAAUGCCUCAAAAAGUGCUUCAUCAUUAUCAUUAUCUUUUUGAACACCUGAAUGCUAUGAGCAGCCCACCUUAAAAUCCAUAAAAAGGAAGGCAAAACCUGUGCAAAACUAGGGAGGAGGAAGAGAAUGACAGAAACCCUGGCUUUCACCUUCCCACCCCUCCCACCACUGCUGCUGUCCAAGAUUUUUCACAGCUGGAAAAAGAACCUAAAGUUUCCAAAAAUUGAGACACCUCCAAGACUUAGAUGCCUCCAGCCUGGGGAAAACAGUAACCUAUUGUGACACAACUCAUGACUUGUGGAAACCCUCCUCUGCUCCUGCAUCCUCUGGUGUGAGCAACAAGAGUGGACCAAAGUCAGCUGCAGGGACCACAUUCUGAAUCUACUUUUCAGAAGGUGCUGUUGUCUUAGCUGCAGUUGAACACAAUGAACACCAACAAAAAGCUGAUAUGAAAAUUAUCGCAUCGUUACAAGAUUUGGUUAAAGUGUCAUAACUUCAACUAGAAGAAGAUAAGGCUAACACCUGUCUCCUCCAUGAAGAGAUAAAAAAUCAGAAAGCUAUGUGUUACCAUGUGCACCCAUGUGCUUUGAGAGGAGCUGCAUGAGAGAUUAGCAAGUGAAACAAAAAAGGGAGUUAGAGCUGGAGCUAUCCAAAGAAACAUAUCUCCUCUUUUACUUAGAAUCUUUGUGCAAUGAAUCAGAGAAGCUGCCAGUCUCACUUUGUCCCUUAAAUAAAAUAGAAUACAUGGGUUCGGAUGAUGGCACACCUUACAUAACUGUGGAGGCCCAUGCGCCUGUUGGGAAAAGGGCAGUGGCAAUGCCCUGGAGGGAUGCACCUUAGGCUCCGGACAUCCCCCAUAGGUUAGGGUGAAACAAAAGGCUUCCCUCAUGGUGCAUUGCAGCACUAUGCUAAUUUAACCCAGUUCUGUAUUCCCCAUUGGCCCGUUGAUUGUCCCUACUUCUUCUACCCCAAUAUGGUCUUGUUCUAGAAUAUUCCCCACUCCCUGUUUCCCCAUUGGUUAAUGUAACCCUUCCUGUCUACCCUGGAACUCCCUAUUGGCUCCUGCCCUUUGUACCUCACCUAUGCCCUCAGCUGAUUGGCCCUCAUUGGCUUUGCUCCACCUCCUCUUUCAUAUAUUUAUACACCGGACCCUCCACUGUCCAUUGUAUUCUGUCCCUAGACCCCUUUAGUGCUGGACUGUAAUAAACCCUUGCUGGAACCACA